CAACCAGCUCGAAGCCUUUGCAAUUGAAAGCUCUCUAGGUGGGGCUCACUUACGUCCUUUCGGGUCGUCCUUUCGGGUCGUCCUUUCGGGUCGUCCUCGGCUCAGUCUUUCACCGACACCAAGCUUCAUCUUCUCAACGAUGAAAUCGAAAGCUUGACAGAACAGUUCGUUUCUUUUGAUGCGGGAGGUCGUGGGGAGGUAGAUGGUCGCAAUAAUAUUGCCUCUCUCCUCUUUCACACAGCGUCAAUCUUCAGGCAUGUUUCUUUCCAAGCUUUACUUCGCCUAUCAGGAUGGCAUUCAUCCACCGUUGAGAUGGAGAAUGCGACAGGCGAAUUAAAAGGCUGGAUUCUUCGGAAUCCUGAAAGCUCCAGGAAGUGCCUUUCUCAUGCUGCAGCUAUCUUUGCUCAGUUAAGACGCACUCGCCAUCUCGCAUGCGUUGAUCCGUUGGCUCUUAUCUCGGCCGUACUCUAUAUACGCCUUUAUGACCUCUCCAAAAUGCGGACACCCGUCAACUUGGCCGGGCUAUCUGGCCCCAGCCAGGAAUGCAGCAAGACUCUGCCUCCUAUACGUUUAGAUUGCUUAACAGAUACGCCAGCGCUCAAUCGUUGGAUCGAGGAUGCUGAACCGGCUCGCAUUCACAUCACAGGGGUUGGUAUACUUUGUGGACAAGUCAGUUCGUCGAGGUUACUUUUGGAGACGCAAAGAAUUCUGCAGGGCUCUUCUGCAUGGCGAGGCAUGUGUCAGGGCCUUUUCAGGGCAGCAAGUGGACUGUUGAGUGGAAAAUGGUCGGCAUUUUGGGAAGAGGAUUAGAGUAGAGCUUAAAUUCUUCCUGCUGAGCUGAUGGCCAUAAAAAUAACGAUUGGCUUGGCUGAGUCUUCUGUUUGUGCACCUUAUUUCCCUG